UCAGAAAAUGGCUGCAAAAGAUGUACUGAUUGUAUCGCAAACAAACAUGAAGUUUCAAGCUCCAUUUGCGCACAUGCAAAAGCGUCAAUUGAGCCUGCUCAAUCUCGGCAACCAUCCCAUAAUCUUCAGUAUUGACAUCAGCAAUGAGGCACUUGUUCAAGUGUUUCCCAGACGUGGCCAGUUGGCUGAUUUCGACACCACCGAACUAAUAAUCUGGAUGCAGCCGUCUCGGGCAGAUCAGCCAAACUGCGGAUUAACAGUCAACUACAAGGUCAAGUCUCACACGGCUUAUCAAACGGAGGACGAAGAUUGGACACAUGCGCAAAAAGUAAUGGUGAACAUCUCGUGGCAGAACUGCGCUGAGAAUGAAAAGGAGUUGCUGCCCAUGUUUGGCUUGGAUCGCAAUGCUAAAAGCCUUAUCAGAGCCAUAAAGAAACCGUAUCAGCCAUUGUGCUACAGUUGCAGCCAGAAACGUCUCUAUCAGUCGGCAAGACAUCGAAGCUGGAUCAGACGCGUUUUUUUGCCGCUGCUGCUGACGAUUGCAGUAGCUUAUGUUGGCUGGGAAUGGCUUUAAGUGGACUUAUUCGACUAACAGGGAUAGCAACCACGCAAGUCAAUUAUUGUAUUAUGCAAAUAGAUAACAAUUCCUUGAGGCAAUUGCCAACAUUUUUUACCUGUCUCUCUCUCUCUCUCUCUCUCUCUAUUUGUCUGAUACUCCUACUACACUCUCACACUUAUAUUAAUAAAUCAUACGCGCCGUUGGC